UUCUUCCACAUCACCAGUUUGCCCCGCCUCUGCCUGCCUUCCUGUCGAAGGAAAAGUGGGGGAUAAAAUUCCAGCUCUCUCUCGCGCUGUCUCUCCCCGUUCCUUUAUUCUUUCUCGCACACAAACCCCAAUAACACAGAGUGAGAAUUCCACCGUAAUGCAUGAAACAGAGGUUAACGAUCUCUCCGACGACGCCGAUUACGCCGCAUCUAUGCAACAAGGUUCGUCAAGCUUUGCUAGGAGUGAUAGUGGAAGAAGGAGCUCGUCGGGUGAAACCGACGGUGCUGAGAUCGUGUAUUUGAAAGAUAAUGUGACAAUUCAUCCUACUCAAUUUGCGUCCGAGAGGAUCCGCGGCCGAUUGAAGUUGAUUAAGCAAGGGACUGCUCUCUUUAUGACGUGGAUCCCAUACAAAGGGCAAAACUCAAACGCAAGGUUGACAGAGAAAGAUAAGAAUCUUUAUACUAUAAGAGCAGUACCAUUCUCGGACAUCAAGUCAAUUCGCAGGCACAAUCCCACAAUUGGGUGGCAGUAUAUUAUUGUAGUUUUGACUUCAGGCCUAGCAUUUCCUCCUCUUUACUUCUAUAAUGGUGGUGUUAGAGAGUUUCUUGCAACAGUUAAGCAACAGUCUUUUCUUGUGAGGUCAGCGGAAGAUGCAAAUGUGUUUGUUGUGAAUGAUUUUCAGGAUCCCCUUCAGAGAACUUUAUCUUCCUUGGAGCUACCCAGGGCUGUUUCUGUGUUAAAUAGUCCAUCGACUUCUGUCGCGUCUAAUGAAUCUCCAGCAAGUGGAAAUCAAGAGAAGACUGACGGGAGUGCUUUUGAUAGCAUCUCUAGUGGUGUCCGUCAGAAUGGGAGGCAGCGGCAGAAGACUAAUGAUCCUGCUCGAGAUCUUUCAAUCCAGGUUCUGGAAAAAUUCUCUCUCGUGACCAGAUUUGCCCGUGAAACAACAUCACAACUAUUUCGAGAAGCACAUAUGGAUGGCUAUGUUGCUAAUGAGAGGAGGAAACAAGAUCAAUCUUUGGUUGAUUACCCUCAAAUUCCAGCAUCUAAUGACUCCCCAAAGGUUCCUGAUGAAGUCCCUGUAGUGUCAGACUCUCUGGAGAAAACUUCACAUAGGAAUGAAAAUCGUGAUGAAGAAGCUGCCACAAAUGUCGGAGUUUUUGAGCUUGUCAAUUGUAAGGAGUUAGACAAAUUGUCACUAGUUUGGGGAAAACCACGUCAGCCUCCUCUGGGACCCGAAGAGUGGGCAACUUUUUUGGAUUCUGAGGGGCGAGUGAUGGAUGAAAAAGCAUUGAAGAAAAGAAUCUUUUAUGGUGGAGUGGAGCAUAGUUUGCGGAAAGAGCUCUGGCCAUGCUUGUUGGAGUACCAUGCAUAUGGUUCAACAUAUGCAGAGAGGGAAUAUCUUGUGUCGGUUAAGAAGUUGGAGUAUGAAACUCUAAAAAACCAAUGGCAGAGCAUAUCACCUGCGCAGGCAAGAAAAUUUACAAAAUUUAGGGAGAGGAAAGGCCUCAUUGAGAAAGAUGUGGUGAGGACUGACAGGUCACUUCCAUUCUAUGAUGGCGAUGACAAUCCAAAUGUGAAUCUUUUACAUGACAUUCUGCUCACUUACUCAUUCUACAACUUUGAUCUUGGGUACUGUCAGGGUAUGAGUGAUCUUCUUUCUCCAAUAUUAUUUGUAAUGAAAGAUGAAUCAGAAUCAUUCUGGUGCUUUGUUUCGCUAAUGGAUCGCCUUGGACCGAAUUUCAAUCGUGACCAAAAUGGGAUGCAUUCUCAACUUUUUGCUUUGUCAAAGUUGGUGGAGAUAUUGGACAGCCCAUUGCACAAUUAUUUCAACCAGAAUGAUUGCUUGAAUUAUUUCUUCUGUUUCCGUUGGAUACUUAUACAAUUCAAAAGAGAACUUGAAUAUGAGAAAACAAUGCGCUUAUGGGAAGUAUUGUGGACUCACUAUCUGAGCGAGCAUUUGCACCUUUAUGUUUGUGUUGCAAUCCUGAAAAGAUACCGCAGCAAGAUAAUGGGAGAGCAGAUGGAUUUUGAUACACUACUCAAAUUCAUUAACGAGCUGAGUGGUCACAUUGACCUUGAUGCUAUCCUCAGGGAUGCGGAGGCUUUAUGUCUCUGUGCUGGGGAAAAUGGGGCAGCUUGCAUUCCCCCUGGAACUCCACCUUCCUUGCCUGUUGAGGAGGCGUCUAUGUACGCUCAACAGGAUGAUGAUAUAUUGUAAAUAUGCUUUCUUUUGUAUCUUACUUCAUUACUUGCAGUGGAGACAAAAAUUUUAUAUGUUAAAUAACGUGUUAAA